GCGUAGUAUGUCAUUACUAGGACUCUAAAUCGAAAACCGAGUGACUCAACGGCGCCGCCCUCGGUGACUUCAUCCAUCACAAUGGCAGAUAAACAAAAUGCACAGAAAAGGUAUAAAUAUAGUUUACCUGAUAAAUAUGACAUUUUUUAAAGCUAGAUGUGUAUACUCCACAAACUGAUGAGUAAAACUACACCUUAAAGUAACCAUUGACCUGAGCUUACGUUGGUAAAGACGGCUAAGCAGAGAAGCUAACAUACAGCGUCAGCUAACAUCUUUACCCUUUUUUUCCUCUAUAAUAAUCUGAGUUUCUGUUCUCUUUUACUUUAUUACAGUGUCAAAAUUGCGGCUGGAGCCGUAGUUUGUGUUGAAAGUGAAAUUAAAGGAGAUGUCACCAUAGGUAAGAGGUUUAUGUUUGGCUCACUGAGUGGUGAUAAAAUGACUUAAACAAUAUGCUUUGGUUGUACUUGAAGACUUGAAAUCUCCCCAGUUACACAGAAAAAAUACAACUCUGAUGUUUGCAUCUUAUUCACAACGCCUGAUGAGGAGUUUAACAAGGUCCUGAUCCAUUAUAGUUAGACUUGUCAGAUCUGGAUUACAUUAUUAAAGCGAGCAUACAUACAGUGCAGAACAGGCGAUAUCAGUUUCCCCACACAUCUAGAUGGGGCUGGGUCCUGAUUAUAACCCCUAAUUCCUUGAAUUUUUACCUUGAUCAGGUUUGUAUGAAGGAUCUAUUUGUUAAAAUACAAGAAAGGAAGAAUUCACCACUUCCUCUGUUGAUGCUACACUGGACAAGAUCACGAUUCAGCAUCCUCAUCCCUAGACUUCAACUCCUUUCUUGGAUUCUCAGAAAUAGAAUAAAGAUUUAUAUUUUUAGGAUAUUUUGGACCAGACCUGAGUUUAGGUAUUGGAGGCCAUGAAUAAGAUGCAAGCUAAAGUUUUGUAGGAAAUCUUUCAUUUGUGGUCAAGCAUUUAUGAAUACUUAACUUUGAAGUCAUUGUUUCUUCAGGUCCCAGGACAGUAGUCCACCCAAAAGCCCGCAUCAUUGCAGAGGCAGGACCCAUCGUGAUCGGGGAAGGCAAUCUGAUCGAGGAGCAAGCUCUGAUCGUUAACGGGUAACUUAUUUAAAUCCUAAGUGUAAGGUGUCUGAUCUAUCACAUACAUUAGAUUAGGGCUGGGCGAUAUGGGAAAAAGUUUAUCACCAUAUAUUUUUCCAUACCAGACGGAUAUCAUUGGAUAUCACAAUAUAAAAAAUGAAAUUUAACAGUGAUUAUUGGUAGCAUGUCUUUUGCAAUAUAAUAAACUACUGCAUCUGUGAGGUCUUUGUGUCUCUUCGAUGUUUAGUUGUAAGGCGUUGCACUAGAGAAAGUGGACUGAAUGGUCGGCUGUUUUCGCUGCACACGUGCCAUGGGCUCCUUGCUCCACUCUGGGUUUGUAACCUUUCGCAUUGUGUGUGCUCUGCCACGUGGCACUGCUUCAGGUGGUGAAAAGGAUUUGAGGUAUUCCUCGACUUUACGAGAACAUGUACUCGACAUUUGCAGUGCACAUUACACUGCUUCAUGUCCGACCUUAAAAAAACAAAAUACCUCCACACCACCGACGUUUUCGUGCCAGUGUUGUCGACGAUGUCGUCAUAUAUUGAGCCUUCAUCUGCAUUUCUUCCUGGUGGUAGCACUCAUUUUCUUUUUUUCUCACUGACAGUGCUGUCUGCUUCACGUGUUAAAGUGCUAUGGUUGCGUGUAGCUGCAGCCUGCUACUACACAGUUGUUUGCUUCUUGGUUUUAAUUCAGCACAUGAUUGAUUCAGUGCAAAGCGGACCUGGAGCAACUCUCCUUUUCAUUGGCCAUUUGUAUAGUCUACCAAAACAUAUCAGAAUGCCGGUUAUUGAAAAGCAUAUUGAUCGUGUUUUAUAUUGAUAUUGAGGGAAAUAAAUUAUUGAUAUAUCGUUAUCAUUGUAUUGCCCAGCCCUACAUUAGAUUGGCAAUAUUUUUUUACCAAUGUGGUGUCUAUGAAGUCCUCAAUCAUACUAACAAAAACCCCCUGCCCACCUCUGCAGUUAUCCAGAGAACAUCACACCAGAGUCUGAGGUGGAACCAAAAACCAUGACUAUUGGCAUGAACAAUGUAUUUGAAGUUGGAUGUGGUAUCCUUUUGUCUUGUCUGUCUUAUUCAAUUUGUCAAAAAAUAUCAUGUCUGAAAUAUCUCAUGAUUUGAAACAUACAAAAAAACAAACAUUUGCCUGAGCUUGAACUAACAGUAUCACAAGCGCUGAAGAUCGGGGAUAACAACGUGAUUGAGUCAAAAGGUAUGAUGCUUGCAUAUCGCAUCAGCAGAAACUGAUGUAUUGUUGAGAUAAAUGAAGAUAGUAACUGUACUUAUUAUCCUCCAUUCUGCUUUCUAGCUGACGUUGGCAGGAAUGUGAUCCUCACCAGCGGCUGUAUCAUCGGUGCGUUCUGUCAGGUCAACACCUGCGAAGUCAUACCUGAAAACACAGUUAUUUACGGCUCUGGAUGUAUGAGGCGGGUUCAGACAGAGAGACCACAGGUACGGAUGUGCAUGUUUGGUGUAAAUAUAGACAGGCUCACCAGGAAGGUGAUUAGCUUUGACAAAACCUAGCCAAUUUUCUAACCAACUUCUUUACAGGCAGUGCUUUCGUUGACAUUUUGUAUUUCCUUAGAUGUUGCUCCAUUACCUUGAAUAGAAAUGAAUAUUUUUUUCUGUAGUUUACCUUUGGUAUUUGGUAUCUCAAUGAACAUUCAAUACAGAUUCUAAAUGUGUCUUUAUGCUGUCAGAUUUAUAUAGCAGAUUUGUUAGAAAUUAAUCCCAAAACAAUGUAUAUUUGGUUGAUUUGUAUGUAAAAAUGUACGACACUAGUUAGAAAAAAAUUGCCUCUUCUGCAAUCAUGACUGAUAGACACAUACUGGUAAAUUCCUGCAAAAAUGACCCUUUUUCGUCAUGUUGAUUUAAUCACAGCCUCCCCUGGAAGUGACUUAAAUAUCAUCAGUAUUUGUCAUGUCUGAAACAGUCUGAAAACCCUCAUGUAUUCGUCAAGUAAUGCAUGCUUUUUAAAAAAUAUCCAUGUUGGAGUGUAAAAGCAUCAUGAAAUUCACCACUUUCUUUUUGAUUUGUCAGCAUAUUUGUUUUGUCAUUUUUCAGCCCCAGACUCUUCAGCUCGAUUUCCUGAUGAAGAUUCUGCCAAACUACCACCAUUUGAAGAAGACUGUCAAAGCGGGCCACAACGCUAGCUAAACUUUAACAUAGAAAAACACUAUUUAAAUGGAGAAAUGAAUGUAUAUAAUACAAUGUUUGCCUAGCUUCAACAGUACCUCUUCUCUUAUUAACUGAUGAAUAUUUUAUACUGGAAACAAAACAGCUGAUCAAGCAAUCCAUCUUUUUUUUGCUGGGCUGAAAACUGUUUUCUAUGAUUGAUUAAAUAACCCCCAAAACUCUGCGCAUGUACUUAUUUGUAAUUAAUGAGUUACUCUUACCAUACAGUGAACAUUUUACUAUUAGGUUGUGUAUAGAGCAGCUAGUAAGCUUGAGAGUUAAACGAAGCAGAGUAUAACCAGAUUAAAGGUGCCUCCUGUAAUUUAAGUAUCAGAAGAUUUCAUCAUUUCUCAGUUAAAACAUAACACUUAAACAUGUGUAUCUAAAAUAGUACCUGACAAGUCAUCAGGAAUCAGUGUCAUUUCACUUCACAUAAAUCAAGAAAAUGAACAGCAUGCUGCAACAUUGUCAUUUAUUAAAAUAAAUUCAAAAAGAGUUUUUGCACUUCAAACCUCUCAGCAAUUGAGCUUCAAAGUGAAAAGAUUCACAUAUUUUCAAAUUCCACAAGAAGUAAUGUCCAAGAUUCCCAUGUUGGGUGAAAUACCUCUAUAUGAUGCACUGCACAACUCCAUCCUGACGUUCGCAGUUCCUUUUAAAAGGAUUGACAGUAGCCAUCAGAUCAGGACUACUACCCUUUCAAAUAAAACCUUAAACAUACACCUCUUAGUGAAAUACUGAAUAAAUGAAGAAAGUAUUUACACACUUUAACCUUAUUUUUUUUCUAACAAUAAGGUUCUAGCUCCCCCCUUUGGAAUAGUUUUGGUUAGGGCAUUCGGUGUCUAAAAUGGUCUUACCUCUCUUUUCCUCAAGUGUUCUUUAGUCAGCGCUGACUAAUAAACAAAAGAGGACCCAACAACA